AUGAUUGUAUCAAUUCCUAUAUAUGGAUUUCAUUCUAAAGACCAUAUACCAUUUAGAUAUGCAUCUGGUGGUGGACGAGAAUUGCAUUUCAUUGAUGAUAAAGAUAUUGAUCUUAUUGAAUUUGUUAAUGCCCCUUUGGCUAAGUUGCCUUUAGAAAUCAGCAUUCGAUGCCACUGGCUGGCUAUUGAUGGAGUUCAACCAACUGUGCCAGAAAAUCCUCCWUCUGUAUCCAAAGAUGUUCAAAAACUUGAAUGUGUAGAUCCUUUAAACAAAUUAAAAAAACCCAUUGAUAAGGAAGUUUCUGGACGACCAUCCACAGGAAAAGCUCAAAAAUUACGCAAUGUUGAAACUGUUCAUGUGAAACAAUUGGCAACUCAUGAGUUAUCAGUUGAACAACAGCUUUAUUAUAAGGAAAUAACAGAAGCUUGUGUUGGUUCUGAUGAAUCUCGAAGAGCUGAAGCUCUUCAAAGUUUGGCAUCUGACCCAGGUCUUCAUGAAAUGUUACCUCGCAUGUGUACAUUUAUUGCCGAAGGAGUAAAAGUAAAUGUUGUUCAAAAUAAUUUAGCAUUACUUAUUUAUUUAAUGAGGAUGGUCAAAGCAUUAUUGGAUAAUCCAGCACUUUAUUUAGAAAAAUAUCUGCAUGAAAUCAUCCCCUCUGUUGUCACUUGUGUUGUUAGUAAACAAUUGUGCAUGAGACCAGAAAUUGACAAUCAUUGGGCUUUAAGAGAUUUUGCCUCGCGUUUAAUGGCACAAAUUUGUAAAAUGUUUAAUACGCCAACAAACAAUGUACAAACUCGUAUAACUAGAGUAUUUACAAAUGCUACUAAUUCGGACAAAACUGCUCUUCCAUCAGUGUAUGGUGCACUUGAAGGUUUAGCAGAAUUAGGAACUGAAACAAUAAAAGUAUUUGUCAUCCCCAGAGUACGCAUGAUAUCUGAUAGACUAGAUUCACCAGAAGUUACUCAGAAUAAUGUUGAUCGGAUAUCUGGAAACCAAAUUAAACACUUACUUUGCAAAAUAUUGACUCCUGUAUUAAAAAUAACUCAUUCACCACCAGAUAGUUUAGACGAAUACAAAAAAGAAUUUGGAUCUGUUGGAAUACAAUUGCAUGCUGCUGUAUGUAAAGCCCGUACAACGACUACUACUCAAAGUACAAGCAAUCAAACUGUAACACAAACAAAUACACAAUCUAGAACAGUUGUUGGUCGACCAGUCGCAACAACCACAAGUAACACUGUAAAUCCUCAAAAAUAUGUUCUCAUGUCUCAACGACCCGUUGUUGCACAAGUAAAUCAUUUAAAUGCUCUAAUAUAUGAUAAUCAUAUAUUAAAU